GGGGCAGCCAGGCGAGCCCGCGCCCCGCUCAGUGGCCCGGCUGCUCCCGCUCUUUUCGGUCCUCCCCCUCCUCUUCUCAGGCUUCGGUCACCUCACCAGUAGCUCAACAUGUCCGACGACGAAGAGUACAGCUCGGAGGAGGAGGAGGAGGAGGAUGACGGACAGGCCCAGAAGGCAGCUGAGGCGGAGAAACAGAAAAGAGCCGAGGUGGACAGGAAGAAGGCUGAAGUCAGGAAACGCCUGGAGGAGACGUCCGCUGCCAAGAAGGCCAAGAAAGGUUUCAUGACACCAGAAAGGAAGAAGAAACUCAGGCUACUACUGCGGAAAAAGGCCGCCGAAGAGCUGAAGAAGGAACAGGAAGUUAAGGCCGAGGAGAGAAGGCGAAUAAUUAUUGAACGAUGCGGUCAGCGGAAGAACACAGAUGACGCCAGUGAAGAGGACCUCAUCGCCAUAUGCAAGGAUUACCAUGACCGUGUCUACUUGUGCGAGUCGCAAAAGUGGGACUUGGAGCACGAAGUCCUUCGCCUCGGCGUGGAGAUCAACGAGCUCAACAUCUCCGUCAACGACCUUCGCGGCAAAUUUAUCAAGCCAACCCUGAAGAAGGUGUCGAAAUACGAAAACAAAUUCGCCAAGCUGCAGAAGAAGGCGGCUGAAUUCAAUUUCAGAAACCAGCUGAAACAGGUCAAGAAGAAGGAAUUCACACUCGAGGACGAAGAGAAAGACGCCGGCAAGCCGGACUGGGCCCCGAAACACGACGAGGAGAAGCAGGAGGGCGAGGAGGGCGAGGAGGGUCAGGCAGAGGCGGCACCGGCGGAAGGUAGGUGCCACCCCAUCCGCUCGACGAACGGCAGCAAUCCACCGUCAGACGUGAUAGAACUGCGUAGUGCUUCUUUUACAUGAUUGCUACUUUUAACU